AUGGAGAACUUGUUGGGUCUUUUGCGGAUUCACAUUCAAAGAGGAGUUGAUCUGGCCUUAAGAGACAUGAUCAGUAGUGACCCUUACAUCAUUGUCGAAAUGGGCAAGCACAAGUUGAAAACUCGCCUUGUGAAGCGGAGUGUGAACCCUGAGUGGGACGAAAAAUUGACUCUAACCGUUUCAGACCCCAAUAUUCCAGUCAAGCUCUUUGUGUAUGACAAAGAUACUUUCACUUUUGAUGACAAAAUGGGAGAUGCAGAGUUUGAGAUUGCUACAUUCGUUGAAGUAGUGCAGAUGCUCUUGGAAGGUCUCCCAGAGGGAACCAUAAUUGCUAAAGUUCAACCAACUAGGCAAAACUGCCUUGCUGAAGAGAGCUGUAUUAUUUUGUCCAAUGGCAAACUUGUGCAAAACAUGGUUCUCAGACUCAGAAAUGUGGAGCGUGGUGAAGUAGAACUCCAGUUGCAUUGGAUUCAUGUUCCUAUGGGUCUCUAA